UGGAGACAGAAAAACCCUCCCAAAGAUCGAAAACUCAUUUCACUUGGUACUCUUUUUUCUCAGUUUCUCUUCUCUCUGAUUCUGAUGGCGUCGUCCCAUUGCACGCGUCGUCUCGUCUCAUUCUCUCCGCUGAAAUCAGCUGUUAGAGCAAUCAAUAAUUCUCCUCUUCCUCCUUCUAACGCUUCAGUGACGCACCGUCGAUUCCCACCCUUCAUCAGAACUUGUGUGUACCAAUUAGGAAGUGUGCAGUCACUUUUGCCUCUACAUAAUGCAGUGGCCACUACAAGAAUGGUGUCUCAUCUUAGCAUUGAUUCAAGGAGUUGUGAAGCUCUUUCACAGGCUACCCUCUGCUGCAACUUCCAAGGUCCCUGAGGUUUUUCUUACUUUGAAGUUUGAAUUGUGAGUGAUUGUGUCCUUCCUUGUGACCCGUGGGGAAGAAGAAUAAUCACAACUCACUUUUGAUUGGAAAAAAAAAAUAAUACUGAUGAUGAUAGUGUUGAUUUUUGGAUGAGUUGUAAGGUUUAUGUAUUAUGACUUCAGCAUCAAAUAAUUUUCUUCUUGUAGAGUAGAUAUGCUAGAAUAUAGUUAAACAAGACAUUUGGUUAUUUUUGUACGAUACCCUCUUUUGAAUCUUUGAUCUAAUAUAUGUUCUUUUGAGUCUUUGCCGGUGUCUAGCUGAUUCACCCUGCCUAGUGACUUUGUAUGGAAUAUGGAUAGAUGGGUAGUGUAGAAUAGAAGGACACCGAGCUUCAGGGCACCUCAAUAAACAGGCUCAAUCUCACAUUGAGAAAACUGAAGGGUGUUAAGUUUUAAAUGGGGCAUUUUUUGUUAGAAUUUUAUAAUGGAACUGUUCAUGAUGUUAGCUGUACAGAGGAUAUCAUCUAGGUGGAUGCAGCUCAGAAAUUGAAGUUGAUAAUGGAAUUUUCUGAAAUACUAAACAUUAGGGUAGAGAGGUUUCAAUGUCUUUUAUUAUAUGAUAAAUACAGUAUUUUAUUAUGUACACCCUUUUGGUGGUUCUCAAAGCAAACUAUAUUAAC